AACACCAACACCAACGUCAACGUCAACGCCAACAUCGACGGCGACGGCGACGUCGUCUGGCGGAGGCGAGCAGUGUUGCGGCCGUCCAAGUCGUUUGUCGUCGGCUCGCAUUCCGAGGCCUGGAACAACUCGUUGCCGUCGACGCAACGCGUCUCGCUGUCUUGCAGCACUUUUGACGGGCCCGAGUCCGAGUCCGAGUUCGAGUUCGAGUCGUUGGAUUGUGCGCCGGUACCGCCGCUGCGCGCCUCCAGACCUCGGCCCGAGCCAGCCCUGCUCCAGACGCCGCAACCCUACCACCCAGGCGCCCGGCAACACGGCGUCGUCGAGGCGGCCUCCUCCGGCCUCGGCAUCCGCAUCUGUCCGGUCAUGCAGAACGGCGUGAAGAUGAGCAACACGCACUAUUGGAUGCUCAAUUCCCCGCGUUCCUACCAUCUGCGUCACCGGGCGCCGGCUGGUUGUCAAGACACCAACCGACUGUUGACACCCGGCGCCUGGCAACCGAUGAUGUGUCCGAGUCCGAGUGUGCUGGAGACGAGCCGAGGGCACGGUUACGCGUUGGCCUACGUCAACCUGCCGCAGAGCUCGGCUGGGCCAAGUCUGCGGGACGCCGAGACGGACUGGCUGCUGCGGCGCCAGCAGCCACGGCAACAGUCACACUCGCCGCAUCAGCCCGAGCCGACGCAGCAACGGGCACCGACAAACGGACAACUGGCCGCGAUGAACCUGCGCCGAGGCAGGUCGGAGACGGGCAAGGAGUAUCUGCAGUUGUUCCAGCGCGGCUUGGUCCUGCGUCUGCGGCACCAAGUGCCCGAGGCGACGGAGGCCGAGUGCCACGCCGUCUUGGUCGGCUCCAGUUGGUCGUUCGAGGAGGCGGUGCACCGACUCAAGCUGGAGCUGCUCUGUCGUCUCAGCUCGGCCUCGAAGGCCCGUUGUCAACGUGUCCUCGUCCAGAACGCUUGGGACCUCAUCGCGGCUCAAGCACAAGUCCGCAUCGACAGUCUGUCUCGGGAGCAUCGUCUCUUGCAGAAGCGUCGACGAGCCAACAUUCCCGACGCUCUGUCUCAGGCGCAAAUGAUGCCGGAGUCUUUGGCUCCGACCAACUGGCGCCAACCGGCCCACCCGACCUCGGCAACAACGACGUCGUCAAGACCGUCGAUACCGUCGCUACCGUCGCCACAGUCGCCAUCGCCGCCUUGA